AUGGAAGUAGAGGAAGGUGAGCGGUUACCGUUCCUGGACGUUGAAGUGGUUCGCUCUAAUGGGAUGCUCAAAAAGAAAUUGCUCAGAAAGAAGUCCUAUGCUGGGAUAAUGCUAAAUUUCCGGUCCCAGCACAAUUGCACUCUAAAGAUUGGAAUAAUGAGGAACAUGAUCAUCCGAAGCCUACGCCUAACGGAUGUAGAAUUUUGGGACGAGGAGCUAGACAAAUUGACGAAGAUAUUUCUCGACAAUGGCGACCCUAGCGAAGCGAUACAAAGAAACAUUCGGGCCGUGAAAAGCCGAUAG